AUGGAAAAUAAUAUAUUCAUAAACUCUAUAAGGGUAGUUGAUGAAAAGAAAAGUGAUUAUUCUGAAAGAGACAGUGUUGUCGAUUUUUACGGGGAGGUUAUAGUACAAGCUUCUAACGAAGAAAAAGUUGUAAUUAUAGAGUAUACUACAGAUUCUUGGACUAGAAUUAAUAACACAACUGCAAUACGAUUACAUACUCUUUCCAGCAAGCAAGAUAUAUAUAAUUUUGAAAUUUCAGUUUUUAAGAAAUCUAACGUACCUAUAUUUCUGGAAUUUCGUGCUCGAUAUGAAUUUGCUGCCCAUAUCUUUUGGACUGAUGAUUAUGAAUUUUUAUAUGAUGAGGGCACUCCUACGGAAAAAUUCUUUUCCAAUAAUACUAUAAUUGAAGAUUUUACAUCUCAGCAUAAUUUAGCAGAAGAAGGGCUUAGACAAUUGGAAGAAGAGCGCGGGUAUCUGGUAGAAGAAUCUAGACAAAGGCAACAAGAGGAAGAAUAUGAACAAAGACAACAAGAAGAAGAACGUAGACAGAGGCAAGAGGCAGCAGAACGCAGAAAGUUAGAGGAAGAACAUAGACGUAGACAACAAGAAGAAUUAGAAGAAUUACGCAGAAAGCUUGAGGAAGAAAAUUUACGCAAACAACAAGAGGAAGAACGCAGAAGACUAGAAGAAGAUCAUUUACGUAGGCAACAAGAGGAUGAACGUAAACGCAGACUACAAGAGGAAGAACGCAGAAAGUUAGAGGAUGAACGUAAUCGUAAACGACAAGAAGAAGAACGUAAAAGGCUAGAGGAAGAACGUAGAUUGCUAGAUGAAGAGCGCAGAAAAUUGGAGGAAGAACGUAAAAGGCAAAAAGACGAACGCAAAAGGCAAGAAGACGAACGCAAAAGGCAAGAAGACGAACGCAAAAGGUUAGAAGAACAACGCAAAAGGCUAGAGGAAGAACGCAAAAAGUUAGAGGAAGAACGCAGAUUGCUUGAAGAAGAGCGUAGAUUAUUGGAAGAAAGACGCAAUCAACAGGAGAAUACAAAUAGAAACUUUUCUCAAGAGAAUUCAAUAAACCAAACAAAUAUGUCGCAAAUUCUUACCUUUAAUUGGUGCUUAAAUCCAAAUUUUGGAUCAGGACAGGUCCACCUUCAAGGAGGUAAAUGA